AUGAUGCAAAGUGCGGCGGUCCUUCCCACAGAGAGUCCCGUUAAGAGUUUACCGGACAUCCUAGGAGUGCCAUUGCAACAGAUCCCUCAGUGUGCGGGCUGCAGUCAGCACAUCGUGGACAAGUUCAUCCUGAAGGUCCUGGACAGACAUUGGCACUCCAAGUGCCUCAAGUGCGCCGACUGCCACACGCCACUGGCCGACAAGUGCUUCUCCAGGGCCGGCAGCGUCUACUGCAAGGAGGAUUUCUUUAAGCGCUUCGGGACAAAAUGUGCAUCGUGCCAACAGGGGAUCCCUCCCACGCAGGUGGUGCGGAAGGCGCAGGACUUUGUGUAUCACCUGCACUGCUUUGCCUGCAUUAUGUGCAGCAGGCAGCUGGCCACCGGGGAUGAGUUCUACCUCAUGGAAGACGGCAGGCUGGUGUGCAAGGUGGACUAUGAGACGGCCAAACAAAACGAUGAUUCCGAGGCGGGGACCAAGCGACCAAGGACCACCAUCACGGCCAAGCAGCUAGAGACCCUCAAAAGUGCCUACAAGAACUCCCCCAAACCGGCACGACACGUCAGAGAGCAGCUUUCCUCCGAGACGGGCCUCGACAUGCGAGUCGUGCAGGUCUGGUUCCAGAAUCGCAGAGCAAAGGAAAAACGUUUAAAAAAAGAUGCAGGGCGCCAUCGCUGGACUCAAUUUUACAAAAGUGUGAAACGUAGCCGAGGAGGGUCAAAGGUGGAGAAGGAAAGCUCGGCGGACGAUGCGGGACUCAGUGACAGCGAGCUGAGCUUCAGAGACGACCAGGUGGUGUCAGAUCUGGGCCACGGCAACGGGCUGUACGGGAGCGUCGGCGACAUGACGAGCGGCGCGGUGCUGAACGGCGGCUUCUCGGUGGACGCGGCGGGCCAACCGUACCACGACAUCCGCGUGGGAAGCCCCUACGGUCUCCCCCAGUCGCCCUCCUCUAUCGCUUCCCUGCCGGGCCACACCCCUUUGCUCAACAACCUGGCCUUUACCAUGGACGCUCUGGGGGUGCAGGGCGGGCCCGGCGGCGUGGGCCAGGCUCUGAGGGCCAUGGCGGGCGGUCCUACCUCAGACCUGUCCACGGGCAGCAGUACGGGCUACCCCGACUUCCCCACUAGUCCCGCCUCCUGGCUGGAUGAGAUGGACCAGUCUCAGUUCUGAGGCCAAAACACAGGCAAGACUUUUUGUUUCCAUCACGCUGGCAGUUAUGGAAAGCCUUUGUUCGAUCUCCUCGAUUCCAAAAUAGAGGGACGAUUCGAGUUCUGUAAAAUCUUCGUUAAAAAUGCAGGAAAGCCAAUGAUCACAUUAGCAUAAAUUGUGUUAAAAUUUGAUCGAAACUUGAAAUUUUGAGUACAUACACCCAUUUUGUGGAUAGAAUUUAUCAAGGAUAUCAAGGAUGUGGAAUUUAGGGCUUUCCAUAAGUGGCGGCGUGUUGCAAACAGGUCAGCACUGAAGCCCAACAGUGCAUCCUGCUCAUCCUGAACUUCU